GGCUUACGCAGCUGCCGGCGGCCGCCGACUGGCUGGUCCCCGGCAUCCACCUCCCCGCCCCUCCCUCCGCCCUCCCGGCAGCCCCAGCCCCGGCGAGCGCCCGGCCAGCGCCCGGCCAGCAGCCUGCAGCACGGGGCUCGCGACAGCGCUCCGGCCGCCCGGGGGCCGGGCAGCCAAAGCCAUGGACACCUUCGCAGGUUGCUGAGCCGGGCCGGGCGGCUGCGGCGGCGACUGCAGAGGCGCUGCGCCAAGCCGGCGGGACUGCGGUGGGCGAGUGGACCCAGACAGGAAGUCCUGAGCCACACGCCACCUGGGAAGGUCAUGCACCACGAAGCCAAGCCAGUGUGAUCUGGGGGUCCUGGCCCUGCUCCGGGCGUCCUCUGGCCUGCAGCACUUGCCGAGGAGGGAGGACUGCACGGCGGGAGGCAGGGUCUGAUGGGCAGGGGCCCAGGGAGAAGCCGAAGACCACCGCCCCUGUGACUGUAGGCAGAGCCUUUGUCUCCUCCCACCCCCCCCGACUCCUCAGGGCACCUUUGGUCAUCUGGGGUCAGACUGGACUGAUGACCUCCAGCCACCCCCGAGACUCUUGCCGACCGUGAUCUGGAGUCAGGUGGCGAGAGCCGUGUACCAACCCCACUAAGUCCAUCCCAGGCCGCCCUGGCCAGACUCGGCCAGGCUCUCGCUUGGUCUGGGGUGUCCUGUGGAAGGGCCGGAGGAGAAGCCAUGCCGGGCAGCGGCCCCAGCGAGAGGAUGACAUGGCCCGGCCCGGCCCUCCCUGCGCCUCCCCCAACUCGCCCUCUCUCCUCAGCCCCGGGGACACCGUCUAUCCCACCCCUCACCCGGACCCGCAGCCUCAUGGCCAUGUCCUUGCCGGGGAGCAGACGGGCCUCCACUGGACCCCGCAGCGGGGGCACUUUGGGCCGCAGCGGCCUGGCAGUGUUCGCCCAGUGCCCACAGCUGCCCGCCAGCCAGAAUGAGCAGCUGCCUCUUCUCCCCGCCUCCAGGCGCACCUCUCCACCAGUGAGCGUGCGAGACGCCUACGGCACCUCUUCCCUCAGUAGCAGCAGCAACUCUGGCUCCUGCAAGGGCAGCGACAGCAGCCCCACACCCAGGCGCUCCAUGAAGUACACACUCUGCAGCGACAAUCACGGCAUCAAGCCCCCCACGCCGGAGCAGUAUCUGACUCCGCUGCAGCAGAAGGAGGUGUGCAUCCGGCACCUGAGGGCCCGGCUCAAGGACACGCAGGACCGGCUCCAGGACCGGGACACCGAGAUCGAUGACCUGAAGACGCAGCUGUCGCGCAUGCAGGAGGACUGGAUCGAGGAGGAGUGUCACCGCGUGGAGGCCCAGCUGGCCUUGAAGGAAGCCCGCAAGGAGAUCAAGCAGCUCAAGCAGGUCAUCGACACGGUCAAGAACAACCUGAUGGACAAGGACAAGGGGCUGCAGAAGUACUUCGUGGACAUCAACAUCCAGAACAAGAAGCUGGAGACGCUGCUACACAGCAUGGAGGUGGCCCAGAAUGGCACAGCCAAGGAGGAGGGCGCCGGGGAAUCGGCCGGCGGCUCCCCUGCCCGCUCCCUCACCCGCAGCUCCACCUACACCAAGCUGAGUGACCCAGCCGUCUGCGGCGACCCCCAGCCCGGAGAUCCCCCCAGCGCCUCCGCCGAGGACGGCGCGGACAGUGGCUUCGCGGCUGCCGACGACACCCUGAGCCGGACGGAUGGGCUGGAGGCCAGCAGCCUGCUGUCAUCCGGGGUGGACUGUGGCCCCGAGGAGACUUCGCUGCACAGCUCUUUCAGCCUGGGGGCCCGCUUUCCUGCCAGCAACACCUACGAGAAGCUUCUGUGUGGCAUGGAGGCCGGCGUGCAGGCCAGCUGCGUGCAGGAACGAGCCAUCCAGACAGACUUGGUUCAAUACCAGCCUGACCUGCACACCAUCCUGGAGAAAGUGAGCCAGGCCCAGGGGUGUGGGACGGUCCCCGAGGGCUGGCAGCCGGAUCCCCACCCCCCCGAGCCCAGAGACCCCAACUCGGCGGUGGUGGUGACCGUGGGGGACGAGCCGGAAGCCUCAGAGCCCAUCACUCGAGGGCCCGCUGCCCAUCCACAGCCAGGCUCCAGCCCCAACCCCGGGCCGUCUGUGAGCGUGGUGUGCCCCGUGGAGGAAGAAGAUGAGGCCGCGGCGGCCACCGCCGAGAAGGAGCCUAAGAGCUACUGGAGCCGCCACUACAUCGUGGAUCUGUUGGCCGUGGUGGUGCCCGCGGUGCCCACGGUGGCCUGGCUCUGCCGCUCCCAGCGGCGCCAGGGCCAGCCCAUUUACAACAUCAGCUCCCUGCUGCGGGGCUGCUGCACGGUGGCCUUGCACUCCAUCCGCAGGAUCAGCUGCCGCUCUCUCAGCCAGCCGGGCCCCAGCUCGGCGGCCGGCGGCUCCCAGCUCUGAGGUCGCCCGGCCCGGCCAGCACUGACCACUGAUUGUAGUGAUGCCGUUCGUUCUCCCCUUCCCACAGCGCCACGGGCUUCAUCUUAUUUAUUUAGUUUGGGGUUUGAAUUCAUUUUUUGCUCCCCUUCUCCCCCUCCCAAAAAAAUUAACAGUGUCACGGGCUGGAAAUUGGAGUUGGGAAAGGCACCCUGUAACUUUGGGAGAAAGGAGGGCGAGGGAGGCCCCCAGGCAGGGAGGCACAGCAUUUGGACGAACGGCAGAGACAUAAGCUGCUGGGGUCCCCGGCUUGGCCCCUCCGUUCCCCCUGCUCUUCAGACGGGCCGGGUCUUGCUCAGGGAGUCUGGCUGUAUUUAUCCUGGUCCCUCCACUCCCUGUGCCGUCUCUGCCAAUGCCCUCCCCGCACCAGGCCGCUCUCUCAAGCCAUCCCCCUUGCCCUCCGCUGUGCUUCUGGGCCAGAACUAGCUCCUCAGAUGAAGUCAGCCAUGUUCCCAAGGACUCAGAGAAGGGUCUGGAACCUCUGGGCUUGGGCUCGAUAUUCUGGCCCCACCACAAGCCUUCUCCCCACUUGAGAUGCAGAAGCUGCCGCCACACACACACACACACACACACACACACACACACACACACACACACACACACGCUGGAGGAAAAACAUGCUGAGCAGGAGGCGCAGAGUAGAGUGGCUUCUGUGUCUGUCUGUCUGUCUGUCCUCCCAGGCUCUCCACACCAUCCAUUUUCUACUUGGCUUGUGGUGUGUUGGCUCUGUCUCCCCUUGUUAGCCACUAAGCCCAAGGCACCCUGUGCUGGGAGCACAUGUAGAGCCCCAGCCGCCCACUGUGGGGAGCACCCCCCGCCCCAUGGAGGAGGCCUCUGCCUCAGGAGAGGAGGCCCUUGCAUGCAGUCUGGAAGGCGCUGGACUCAGGAAGCCUCGGCUGCUUAGAAAAGUCAGAGGCCAUAACUAUCCCUGGGACUUGCCCGGCACUCUCCAGCCUGGGCCCCACGUCUGCGUUACCUUGUGUUCACUGGGGAACUCUGUGCACAUCCAUCCCGAGGACCUCCACUGGGGUGCCUGCUUGCUUUCUGGGAUGAGGGUUCCUAAAUCUGCAACCUGUCUGCCCCCCUCCCCCCUGCCCCAGAGGAGGGUGGGGGAUCUCCAGGUGGAGCACUGAAGCCAUGAUGUCUGUCCAGGUGAAAGCAGGGUGCCCUGGGAGUGGGUCCCCAAGAAAGGACAUGGCAGGGUGGGUGGACCCUGCCAUGCCACUCCCAGCCAGGCUGGGUAGGUUCACUGUCCCCUCCUCCCCUGGGAUCUCAUAUGAGUCCCAGCAAAGCUGCUGUUUAAUGCCUAGGAUUAGUUUACUAAGGGAGCUCUCUGCCCUCGCAAGGGCCACUCCCCCCCCCCCGCCCCGGUCUGGGCAGCCCACCCACUCGCCAGAGGCUAGGCCCAAUUUGGGAUGCUGGAACCCGGCGUCUCACCCCUCUGGCCUCAGGGCUACUUGAGCUGUCUGCCAAGGUUGCUUGCCCUCCCCUGCUGCCCCAACAGUCAUUGACUGACGCAGGCUCUGCCCCUCUGCUGCGCCCUCCUGAGGGGUACUUGCAUGCUCCGGCAGUGGGCAGCCCAUCCGUGGGACGUGAGCCCCGCCCCCCUUGCCACGCGCUUUGUGCCUCCCAAGCUCCCCCCACCCCGGCUGGAGCCUCAGACCAGCCAUCUUUGUGGGGAGCACCCCCAGCCCCAGCUGAACCAAACCCAGAUGCCACUGGGGCUGCCCCCAUAGGACACUGGGGUUGUGCCACAGAGCCGGCAAGGGACAAAAUGAAUCCAAAGAGGCCAGGACGAGCCGCGGACCCAGCCUCCUGUGCUCUGCGCUCCCCGGCCGUGGAGCACCUCCUUAGAAACAGUCACAGCUUUGCUGAGAAAAUCAAUGUAUGAACUAUAUUUGACCACAGGGGG